CUCGGCCAGGGUGCGGUUGUGCGUGCGUGUCGGCUGCUGUCCAACGAGUAGGCCGGACCUCGUUUGUGUAGUGUGAAAUCCCUCUCCUUCGAUACUGGAUACACGGGCCGCUGAUCUUCCAACCCCCGAAGAGGAACCCCAACACGCGAUUAAGACAACACCUAACCUCGCAGGAGACAAGCUAACCUCAAGGCCCUCAACAUGGCGGUCAACAUCAACGAAUUAGUGGAGAGAUUCACAUGGAUCGACUACACGGUGUUCGGCUUCAUGCUUGCCAUAUCAGCUGCCAUCGGUAUUUUCUAUGGCGUGUGUGGCAAGAAACAGAACACAAGCGAUUUCCUCAUGGCUGGCAAAUCCAUGACAACUUUCCCCGUUGCUAUGUCGCUGAUUGCCAGCUUCAUGUCCGCCAUCACGCUGCUCGGAACGCCGUCGGAAGUCUACCAGUUCGGUUUCCUUUACUGGCUCAUCGGGUUCUCGUACUUCUUCGUCAUGCCCUCUGCGGCUUACCUGUACUUCCCUGUCUUCUAUAAGCUGCAGGUGACCUCCGCUUAUGAAUACCUGGAACGGCGCUUUCACCGAGUGGUUCGUUACGUUGGCUCUUUCACUUUCAUCAUCCAGAUGAGUCUCUACAUGGCCAUCGUCGUGUACGCUCCCGCCCUCGCCCUGGCUCAGGUCACGGGUCUUAAUGUGUACGUGUCUGUCAGUCUCAUCUGCUUCGUGUGCAUCUUCUACACCACACUUGGAGGCAUGAAGGCCGUGCUUUGGACGGAUGCUAUUCAGAUGAUCAUCAUGUACGGAAGCAUGAUGUUCGUCAUCAUCAAGGGCGCCAUCGACGUGGGCGGCUUCGAGUACGUGUGGCAGAAGAACGUGGAGGGCGGGCGUGCCGAGCUCGUGAACUUUGACCCCAACCCGACGACCCGACACACCUUCUGGACCCUGAUUGUGGGCGGAUACUUCACCUGGAUCACGAUCUACGGCGUUAAUCAGGCUCAGGUCCAGCGCUACCUCUGCGUCCAGACCAAGCAGAUGGCUAUCAACGCCCUCUGGAUCAACCUCGUCGGCCUCUUCAUCCUCAUGCUCUCCUGCGCCUUCGGUGGGAUGGUCGUCUACGCUCGCUACUGGGACUGCGACCCCGUCCGCUCCGGAGUCGUGUCCAAGGGCGACCAGCUGUUCCCCCUCUUCGUGAUGGACACCCUCGGCCAGUGGUAUGGGCUGCCCGGGCUCUUCGUGGCGGGUAUCUUCUCCGGCGCUCUCAGCACCGUGUCCUCGGGAAUGAACUCACUCGCUGCCAUUGUCCUCGAGGAUUACGUGAAGGCCGGCUGCUGUCCUGACAUCAGCGAGAAGAAGGCCACUUUGCUCUCCAAGGUCCUCUCGCUCUUCUUCGGGCUUCUGACCUUCGGCUUGGUGUUCGUGGCUGAGCAGCUUGGCAACAUCUUGUCUGCCGCUCUGAGUAUCUUCGGCAUGGUUGGAGGACCUUUGCUCGGAGUCUUCACCUUGGGCAUGUUCUUCCCCUGGGCGAACUCGAAGGGCGCCUUCACGGGUCUCCUGACGAGCCUCAUCUUCAUGUUCUGGAUCGGCGGAGGGCACCAAGUCGCUCGCUGGAACGGCCAGAUCACCUUCGACAGGAAAGUCACGAGUAUCGAAGGGUGUAACUUGAACGAGACCUCCGCCUUCUCGCCUCUCACCGCCGCGCCUCUUGUGGCUGAAGAACCUGUCGAAGAGCCCCUUGCCCUCUACCGCCUCUCCUACAUGUGGUACUCCGCCACAGGAUGCUUCACCGUCAUCAUCGUCGGGCUCUUGGUCUCCCUCGUCACAGGACUGCAGAAUGUAAGGACUCUUGACCCCAGGACUCUCUCUCCUGCCAUCUUCUGGUUCAGGAGGUUCAUCCCCGGCAUCGAAGGACUUGGAGAGGACUUUGUUGACGAAGAGGAAGGCCUCCGAACGCACCAGAGCUCGGUUUCCCUUGGCAACAUCAACCCCGCCUUCGACACGACCGUUAAGGAGAAAUACACGCCAAAGAGUAACGGUUUUACUCCAGAGAAAGAGAGUUCAAAACUUUAAACGUGCUGCGCGGGAAAUGGGUCUUAUUUUGAAACCCAUUUUAGCAUUUUUUGUAUAUGUAGAUAUAUAAGAAUACCUGUUCUUACGUGCUCGUGGUAUGUGCACGCGUGGUAGAAGUUUUAGCAUAGAUAUAUGUAUAUUUUUUCCCUCUUUCUUUCUUUCUCGUAUUUGCUUUGUGGCAUUUCUAUGAAUAUUUUUGUGUGUGUGAAUGCGUAGAUUGAAUGUGAUUUUGAGUGUUUUUUUUUCUUUGGGUCAGUAGUAAGAUGACCGAUUUUUAUGUCUGAUCGAAAUAGAUUAUAUUUCUUGUUAUUGAUUUAAUUAAGUGACUUAUCAGGUUCCGUCCACGGUGCAGAAAAGUAGUAAUGUGGUUCUUGAUAUUUUAUGAUGAUAUCGUCAGUAUUACUACUGUAAUUACUAUCGUUAUCAUUAUUAUUAUCAUUGUGAUCGUUAUUAUUGUCAUUAUCAGCAGGAGUUUUAUCAUAAUAUUGCUAUUAUUAUUAUUGUUAUUAUUAUUA